AUACACAGCUAUCAGCUGGUGAAGUUGCUUGAGAUGAAGCUGAAUUUCAAGCUCAUAGUGAUAUUAACCGAAGAUUGGCGAUUUGAUCUGAUCGGCAAAAACUCAUCACGAGGUGUAGUGGGCCAGAUACAAACCAAACAGGUCGAUUUUGCGACCACUCCCUUCGCAAUCACGCCGGAGCGUAUCGCGAUCUUCGAAACCACCAUCGAAAUAGCGCACGGAACGUAUGACUUCUACACCGUGUUCCGGCAUCCGAAAAGUUUAAACAAUAGCAACAUCUUUAUGCUUCCGUUCACGACCAAUGUUUGGCUUGCUAUUACCCUGAUCUUUGGCGCGGUAGCACUACUGAUCGCCCUGCUGAUCGUCUGCUUCAACCGGACAGGUCGCAGUAGGUCGCAGUCAACCUUCGAAUGGCUGGUAGAACAGUCGCUGCUCGGUACGCUGGGGAUGGUGUGCCAGCAGGGCAUCCACCAUCGCAUCAUUUGGUGGAGCUCGAACCAAGUGCUGGUACUGGUCGCGAUGUGCUCCUCGAUGAUCCUGUUCCAGUUUUACUGCUCCUUCAUCGUGGGCUAUCAGCUGAUCACACCGCCAAAGACGAUCAACACGCUGCAGAAGCUGGUGGACAGCGAGAUACAGAUGACGGUCGAGAAUCUGAGCUACCAGCAUGACUUUUUUCGCCGUACCAACAAUCCGGCCGCCUUGAAGCUGUACGAAACGAAGAUUCUGCCCAACAGGUAUGGAGGAUUCGUGAACCUGUCGUUCGGUAUGCAGCUGGUCCGGCAGGGCGGGUAUGCGUUUCACUGUGAAACUUCGUACGGCAAUGCACUCAUCAUAGAAACGUUCACCGAGCGGGAAAUCUGUGAUCUGCAGCAGGUCCAGCUCUAUCCCCAGCGUCCCGUCCAUCUGCCCCUGAUCAAGGGCAGCCCAUUGCGGGAACUGUUCAAGGUGAACCUGCAGCUGAUCAAGGAAAGAGGUCUGCUGGCGUACCAUCACGCUCGAUACUACACGCCCCGGCCCAAGUGUAACAAACAGAGCAGUACGCACACCGAGCAGAUCUAUCUGGCGGAUGUGAGGUUCGCGUUUGUACUGCUGGCCGCUGGUAUGGCCGCCAGCGCAGCAUUACUCGGGUCGGAGCUUGUAUUCUUGCACCUACGUACCUGGUGGCACGAGCGGCAGAUACGAGCCAUUCCGGCGGGGUUCCGUUGGCUUAAUUAAACAGGCACAAUGACGAUGGGCGGAGUGCCCCUUCGAUAUGCGAUGCUUAACACAACAUGCAAUUGUUCGCGAAUUUCAAAAUGGUGUAAAACUAGCGUAGAUUCCAGCACCAUAUUUAACAAACUCCAGCGGGUAAUCACAACACUAUGAACUCGUCAGCACAUGUGUUAUCCUUAGAAACUACGGCACACAGCACUACUUCUUUAUCAAAACCACUUAAUCGUUGACUAUCCCAAACUAGCCCGUCGGAACACGUUGCAUAUUAAACGCAAAUACACGAGAACUAGUCGUCAACGCUGCCGCUUAUUUCGCUAUUUCCCCCGAGAAACAGAAGGUGAAACUUUCUCAAAAUUUAUUUCCUACAACACUUGCUGUACUUAGCCCGGCUGCAACGACGGACCGGUGGUAAUUGUCACAUUGUACCUUUUCUGUUGAUAGUAAUCAUGCCGAGGGAUUGGUUUCGUUUGUCGUCACACGGUGUAAAGGCUGGAACGUUUGGAAAACGUUAAGGCCGGGCUACAUUGAUCGUACUCGCAAGUGUAAUUUCGAUUUUCACUAGCGCAUCUGGCGGCGGCUGGUGGAAGCUUUGUUUGGUCGUCGGGGGAAUGGUCGUGUUGGAUCUCAAAGUUAAUUAGUUUUUUCACCGUUUUUUGAUGCGAAAACGGCUGAAAUACUUGCAAAACAUAUUCAUCUAUCAAUUACAAAGCUUUUCCAAUCCAGUUAAGGUAAAAAACAUGGAAAAAUAACAUAUUUUCUGAAGCGGCUCCAAAUUGUUUGGAAAAAUGCUUCGGUCAGCCGCCGCCAGAUGCGCUAGUGAAAAUCAAAAUUACACCAGAGAGUACGAUCAAUGUAGCCCGGCCUUUACAUCCGUUGCCACGCGGGA